UUUAAGCCUAUAGUUAACGGAGGUAUUCCGAUUAAAUUGAAUUAUCGAAUUUUAAUAUUGUCAAAAUUAUUUCUAGAUAGGUCGAUACGACGUUGCUGAGCACCAUGGAUAUUGUAAAUCAGGUGACUGUUAUCGGAGCAGGCCCAGCAGGUCUUAUGCUAGCUUGUACUCUUACACGCUACGGAAUCCAGGUUGCUAUUCUCGAUGACAGACCUUCUUCAACUGCAACCGGCCGAGCCGAUGGCCUGCAACCUAAAACCAUUGAGACGCUCAAACAGCUCGGUCUUGCGGAUUCUUUACUUGAGAGAGGGGUCAAGGUGUAUGAUAUCUGUUACUGGGCAAUGGAGGAAAAGCUUCAUCGUACGGCUAGAGAAAUUCAUUACCCAAAAGAUAUAGUCGAUUUGUUGGAUCCGAACCUUCUACUCAUUCAUCAAGGAAUGAUUGAAGAUGUAUUUAUCCAGGAUCUGAGAGCCCGAGGAGUUGAGGUACAAAGAAAUUCUUCUUUCGUUGGAAUCGUACAGCCGACUUCAGAAAAUGAGGAUAUAGUCGUAAAGUACAAAGAUAUCCAAACAGGUGAGGAUAAGCUUUUGAAAUCAAAAUAUCUUGUAGGAUGCGAUGGAGCGCAUUCGAAUGUAAGAAAAUGCAUUGAUGGUGCAGAUAUGGAAGGAGAUCAGAGUGGGAGUGUGUGGGGCAUCUUGGAUGCAGUAAUUGAAACGAAAUUUCCGGAUUUAUGGAGUAAAACUAUAGUUCAAUCGGAGAAAGGAGCGAUUCUUUCCAUUCCAAGGGAGCGAAAUAUGACGAGACUCUAUAUUGAGUUGCAGGACACAGCAGAGGGGGACUCCAAAGAAGUUGUUCAAGAUUUUGUGAUGAAGAGAGCCGAGGAGAUUUUCAGUCCAUAUAAAUUGACGUGGAAGCGUAUUGAAUGGUUUGCUGUAUAUAAAUUUGGACAGCGAGCGGCCAAACGCUUCUCAGAUGAUACACAGCGGGUUUUUAUUGUUGGGGAUGCUGCACACAAUCACUCCCCAAAAGCCGCGCAGGGCAUGAAUGUAUCAAUGCAUGACUCCUUCAAUCUUUCAUGGAAAUUGGCCCUUGCCAUUAAAAAUAUCGCGCUCCCCUCUCUUUUGGAAACAUAUACGCAAGAGCGACAGGCUGUUGCUCGAGAUCUCCUCGCGUUUGAUUUCGAACAUGCCAAUGCUUACUCUGCCGGAGAUCCCGUUUAUUCUGGACUGGCGGAAUAUGGCAAGAAUGUUCUGAACGCAGAAGCUGCCAAUGAAAUAACACAACCCAAAGAAUCUAAACUAAGAUUAAGCGGCGAGAGAAGUAGUGGUGUAUUGCGACCUGGUGCGCUGCUACCACCCGCUAGGGUGACUAGGUAUAUUGAUGCAAAUCCUGUCGAUUUACAGCUUGAAAUUCCUCUGUUUGGGCAAUUCCGCAUAUUCUUCUUCCUAUCAGACGUUCAUAGGUGGUCUGAUUGUCUGGGGCAUAUUUUCCAAAGAUUUUCCAAUCUUACACGAACUCUCGAUCGCACUUCUGCAGCCGCAAAUUCUUAUACACCAGAAGAGACAGAAUUGGAUGAAUAUAUUCAACCAAAUAGAUACAUAGGUGUAAGUAAGUUUUUUACAUACGCAUUGGUGACGGAGAUGAACAAAGAAAGGUUCGAGAUUGCAGAUUUACCAAUAAGCUUGCAAGAAAGCAGCUGGACAAUCUAUGUGGAUGAUAUUCCUCAAGAUGCUGGAGAUUCUCACUCUUAUAAAGGAAGCUAUACGCAUAAGUGGGUAGGCGACGUCAGAGAUGAUGAGAUCGUUGUUUUGAAUGUUAGACCUGAUGGAUAUGUUGGUUCCCUCAAAAGGUUUUGUAUGUCUGGUGACGGAAAUGAAGAUGUUGGAUCCGAGGUCGCAGAGUGGCUGGAGGACUAUUAUAGUGAAUUUCUGAAAAGUUGA